GUGACUACUACUGUAAGCACUAACGAUACCCAUGACCUCUUUCUCCAGCUCAUAUGGCAAUCAUGGGAAGACCCACAAAUUACUCGUGGGCGUGACUGCAAGGCUGAGCAAAAUCCGAAGGAAGAAGUCGGAGGCCUGAGAGGUCCGACUACCGUUGCGAGGACGCAACGGCUCUGCCUCCACGAUUAUUCUUCUACCAUAGUCUCUACAUAAUAUUUGGUGGACAUUCCCAUUGCGUUACUUAUCCAGGAUUCCGCUAACAUCCCAAACGACCGAACAUAGUAGCAGCCAAUGUCAUCGUCAUAUGGCCCCGACGAUUGUCGGUAUCCCCUCGACACCACAACCUCAUCUACAUUGACCUUACCCGAUGGGCGGAAACUUGCAUACGCAGAAUACGGCUCACCGGCCGGAGCGGCUAUCAUCUACCACCACGGAUUUCCGGGAUCCCGCAUAGAAGCUUCGUCCCUACACCAUGCGGCCUCAAAAGUAGGCGCCCGCAUCAUCGCCAUCGACCGUCCCAGCUUCGGCUGGAGCUCACCACACCCGGACCGUACACUUCUCAGCCAUGCAAAGGAUACGGGAGUCCUCGCCGACCAUCUCAAGCUCACACGAUACGGAGUCCUGGGAGUCUCGGGCGGCGGUCCAUAUGCACUCGCAUGUGCGCGAGCGCUUCCCGCAGACAACCUACGCGCAGUUGGCGUGGUAUGCGGUCUCGGACCACCUGAUAUGGGCUACAGGGGAAUGAAAUUCAUGAACUAUCUGGGGUGGACGUUCGGGCAACGUAUGUUCCCCGGCCUGUGCCGUUGGUGGUUCAGCCGCGAACCGGGAGCGCGACUCGAUUUGCCCGAGACCGAGAGGAUGGAGCUGAUGCGGCAGGGCUUCGAGAAGAGCAAGGCGAGCAUGCAUCCGAAGGACGCUGCUUUCUUCGGCGAUCUCGAUCAGAGGUGGGUGAUGUUGCGGACUGCCGCCGAGGCUUUCAGCCAGGGUAUGGGUGGCUUCUCCCAGGACUUCAGGCUACUGAAUAGUGAUUUUGGGUUUCGGAUCGAGGAGAUCAGGAAGGAUUUGAAGGUGCAGAUAUGGCAUGGGACGCUGGAUGAGAAUGUCCCGACGCACCAUGGGGAAAUGGUCGCAAAGAGGAUUGGGGACAAUGCCACGUUGAAGAUUACGGAUGAUACGCAUGCGAGUAUCUUUCGAGAACGAAAAGAAGAGUAUCUAGGAAAAUUGGUGAAAGCGAUCCAAAGCUGAUGGGUUGCCGGUAGGUCGAUGUUCUGGAGUUCAGGUUAGGCUACACUCCUCUCAAUGUCUUGAUACCCUUGAUGUAUAAUUAUUUACUGUAAAGAACACUGCAUUCGUAGCCCAAUUGGCUAUUGACAAACUCCAUUGCUUGUCUACUCAAUCACUUAGCAUGCACAGAUUACAAUGCUGGCAUUCUUGACCGAUCUAGAGUAAUGCUUGUAAC